AUGACUAAUUUGAGGGCGAUUUUUGCUCGCCUAAGUUUAUUUGAUGACAAUGAGAUUCUAGCAGAGUUGCAGGAUAAGCCGUCUUUGUUGGAUGUGGUUAAAAGUAAUCAAGUUUUGGAUGAAUCUUUGAUUAGUCAGGUUAAGACUGAGCAUCAACUUCCUCCUGGAUUGCUUCAACCCGUUAAGAUUACAUUAUGGAAAUGGGAACAGUUGACUAUGGAUUUCGUUAGUGGGUUGCCUUCAACACUCACUAAGAAGGAUUCGGAUUGCUUUAUGUUUCUGAGAUUGUCAAACUUCAUGGGGUUCCAGUAUCUAUCAUUUCAGAUCGGGAUCCUCGUUUUACUUCCUGUUUUUAGCAGAAGUUAUAUGAAGCUUUGGAUACGCGGCUGGAUUUUAGCAUGGCCUUUCAUCCUCAAGCUAAUGGCUAGUCCGAGAGACAUUCAAAUGGUGACCUAUGAGGCUAUUUAUGGUAAGAAAUGUUGCACUUCACUUUGUUCGACUGAGUUGGGAGAAAGGAAAGUCUUGGGUCUCGAGUUAGUGGCUGAGACUGAGGAUAAAGUUCGUCUGAUUCGAGAUCGACUUAAGGCCGCUUCUGAUAGAAAGAAAUCGUACGCGGACCUUAAAAGGCGAGAGAUUGAGUAUGAAGUAGGGGACCAUGUCUUCUUUAAGCUUGAGUUGCCUCUGGAGUUGUAUCACAUCCAUGACGUCUUCCACAUGUUUAUGCUGAGACGUUAUCGAUCUGAUCCUUCGCAUGUGGUUCCAGUGGAGGAGAUUGAGUUAAGGCCAAAUUUUCCCUAUAAGGAGGAGUUGAUACAGAUUUUGGAGCAUAAGGUUAAUGUUUUGAAAAGAAAGACCAUUCUUUUGGUUAAAGUACUUUGGCAGAAUCAUGGUUCCAAGAAAGCCACUUGGGAGCCUAAGGGUUUGAUGCUUCAGCAGUAUCCUCAUCUCUUUGAGCAGGAAGAUAAUGGGGAAGCUCCUUGGAGGUUCACAAGAUUUUAUGGAGCUUAUGUUGAAAGUCAAAGAAAAGAAUCUUGGAAUCUAUUGAGACGUCUUAAGGUAGAUAAUCAACCCCCAUGUUCUAAUGGAAAUGCUGGGAAGACGGAAUAA